AUGCGUGGGAGGGGGUGAGGGACAGAGCGACUUCGGUCGCCGGGGCUGGGGGCUCCAGCUGCCGCCUCCUCUCAGGCGCCAGUGGCGCCGCCACGGCCUUGCUCUUCCUCCUCGUCCUCACGCGUCAGCUCGGCAGAUCCUCUGCCAUGACUCAGCGCUUCUUGCAGGCUGCCCGACUGGGGACACCAGCUUCGAGAGGACUCCUCCUGCUGCGUCCACCCGCCCCCUCCACCCUCACCCGCCUCCGCCCCCGGCCGCGAGGCCUUUGCCGGCUCCGCAGCAGCGGUUGCCGCCGCAGUCAGCGAGGACGCCGCAGCAGCAUCCGCCGGCGGCCCUGCGCGCGCCUGCAGUACAAGCUCGACCCUGCCGCUGUGCUUCACGCCAGCAAUGGAGCUCCAAGCUUCCUGCCGCCGCCGCCACACUCACCAGCGCGGCUACCUAGUGAUCCGGAACCCGCAUCUCAACAAGGACUUAGCUUUCACCCUGCAAGAGAGACAGCAACUGAACAUUCAUGGAUUGUUGCCACCUUGCAUCAUUGGUCAGGAUAUACAGGUCCUUAGAGUAAUUAAAAACCUGGAGCGUCUGAACUCUGACUUUGACAGGUAUCUUCUCUUAAUGGAUCUUCAAGAUAGAAAUGAAAAGCUCUUUUAUAGAGUGCUGAUGUCUGACAUUGAGAAAUUCAUGCCUAUUGUUUAUACUCCCACUGUGGGUCUGGCUUGUCAGCAAUAUAGUUUAGCAUUUGGGAAGCCAAGAGGUCUCUUUAUUAGUAUCUACGAUCAAGGGCAUAUUGCUUCAGUUCUUAAUAACUGGCCAGAAGAUGUUAUCCGGGCUAUUGUGGUGACUGACGGAGAGCGUAUUCUUGGCUUAGGAGACCUUGGCUGUAAUGGAAUGGGCAUCCCUGUGGGUAAAUUGGCCCUGUAUACAGCUUGUGGAGGUAUGAAUCCUCAGGAGUGUCUGCCAGUCGUUCUGGAUGUGGGAACAGAAAAUGAGGAAUUACUUAAAGAUCCAUUGUACAUUGGACUGCGGCGGAGGAGAGUGAGAGGUCGUCAAUAUGAUGAUUUUUUGGAUGAAUUCAUGGAGGCAGUCACUUCCAAGUAUGGCAUGAAUUGCCUUGUUCAGUUUGAAGAUUUUGCCAAUGUGAAUGCAUUUCGUCUCCUGAAAAAGUAUCGAAACCAGUAUUGCACAUUCAAUGAUGAUAUUCAAGGAACAGCAUCUGUUGCAGUUGCAGGUCUCCUUGCAGCUCUUCGAAUUACCAGGAACAAACUGUCUGAUCAAACAAUACUAUUCCAAGGAGCUGGAGAGGCUGCCUUAGGGAUUGCACAUCUGAUUGUUAUGGCAAUGGAAAAAGAAGGUUUACCAAAAGAGAAAGCCAUCAAAAAGAUAUGGUUGGUUGACUCAAAAGGAUUAAUAGUUAAGGGACGUGCUUCCUUAACACUGGAGAAAGAGGAAUUUGCCCAUGAACAUGAAGAAAUGAAGAACCUGGAAGCCAUUGUUCAAAAAUUAAAACCAACUGCCCUCAUAGGAGUUGCUGCAAUUCAUGGUGCAUUCUCAGAACAAAUUCUCAAAGAUAUGGCUGCCUUCAAUGAGCGGCCUAUUAUUUUUGCUUUGAGUAAUCCAACUAGCAAAGCAGAAUGUUCUGCAGAGCAGUGCUAUAACCUAACUAAGGGGCGUGCAAUUUUUGCCAGUGGCAGUCCUUUUGAUCCGGUCACUCUUCCAAGUGGACAGACCCUAUAUCCUGGCCAAGGCAACAAUUCCUAUGUGUUUCCUGGAGUUGCACUUGGUGUUGUGGCAUGUGGAUUGAGGCACAUCACGGAUCAUGUCUUUCUCAGGACUGCUGAGGUUAUAGCUCAGCAAGUGUCAGAUAAACACUUGGAAGAGGGCCGGCUUUAUCCUCCUUUGAACACCAUUAGAGAUGUUUCUCUGAAAAUUGCAAAAGAGAUUGUGAAAGAGGCAUAUAAGGAAAAGACAGCCACAGUUUAUCCUGAGCCAUCAGACAAGGAAGCAUUUGUCCUCUCCCAGAUGUAUAACACUGAUUAUGACGAGGUUCUACCUGAUUGUUAUUCCUGGCCUGAAGAGGCCCAGAAAAUACAGACCAAAGUUGACCAGUAGCAUAAUGGCUGACAUGUGCAAACCCAUUAAUGAGAUCUUUAAUUUCUUUCAUGAUUUUUAAAGGUUGGAAUCUUGUAUAAUGAUUCAUAAAAUGCUUACAUUAAUUUUACUUUAACAAUGUAUUUGUGGAAAAAUAUUAAUAUAAACUAAGAUAAAUGUCACACUGGACACUUUUGCUUCAUUUGCUUUCUGGUUAUUUAUAAUUUCUGUCAUAAUUUUUUGCCCAAGUUCUCUUUAAAAGCUGUUGUACCUGCUACUAAGAAAUUUAUCAUUUUUAUGUCAGGAAUUAAUGGGAAGACCAAAAUUAGUGAUAAAUUGUUCUGAUUUGCUAGAGCUGCCAUUAUGCAAAAUACCAGAAAUGGAUUGGCUUUUAUAAAAGGGAUUUAUUAGGUUACAAAUAACCUAAGUUCUAAGGCCAUAAAAUUGUCCAAACUAA